CGACUGCCUCUGAAGAGACAACACCGCUGUCUGCACUCAGCCUGACCUGCGACUGGCAAUGGACUACACGAACAACGCCUCCAACAGCUACAGCUCUGGAGACACCAUGAGCUCCUCCUUAGCCAACAUGACCAUCAACGACCAGCACCACCAGGAGAACGGGGUCCAGAUGGGACACAGAAGCCCCGGAGAUGCCAAAAUGAAAGAGAGCGAAGCGGCAGAGCUCAAUGAAAAUGGGGUGAAAUCUGUGUCUGAACUCUCUGAACCAGAGAGCAGCCACUGUGAUGACGAGGUGGAGCCCGCUGAAGUGUCUGCAGAGAAAGCUCCGUCUGAGCUCUCCGAAAUAGAGAGCGCCUCAUGUGAAGAUGAGGGCCAACUCGCAGGAGGAGCAGCUCCAACAGCUCAAGCAAAGAUGGAUAACGGAUCUGCAGAUAAGACACAAACUGCCACCAAACCAACCUCUUCCCUUAAAAGACCAACUAUAGUCACCAAGGGCACCAACAAAACACUCGCUUCCUCCCCGCGAAACGGCCACAGCUCGAUCCCCAUUAGAGCCAGCAUCACAGGGCCCAGGCCGGCCGGAAGUCUUGGUGGUGCAAAGUCUCAAACUCCAGGAGCCAAAACAUCUCCCAGAACUUCAGCUCAGCCAGAUGAAAUGAGUGGACAGAGCAGCCCUGGAACCCCCAAAUCUCCCUCUAGCCAAGCGCUUGCUGCCAAGGCAGCAGCUGAGGCCAACAAAGUGAAGAAGAUCGCUGUGGUGCGUUCCUCACCCAAGUCUCCAGGCUCCCUUAAGGGCCGCCCACCGGCUCCUCUGAGCGCUCCAGUGGCCAUGCCGGACCUGAAGAACGUCAGGUCCAAGAUCGGCUCAACAGAAAACAUGAAACACCAGCCUGGUGGUGGAAAGGUACAAAUCUUUGAUCAGAAGCUGGACUAUAGUUGUGCGCAGUCUAAGUGUGGCUCCAAAGGCAAUAUGAAACAUGUACCCGGUGGCGGCAAUGUUCAAAUCCUCGACAAGAAGCUGGACCUUACUAACGUCCAAGCUCGUUGUGGAUCAAAAGACAACUUAAAGCACACGCCUGGUGGAGGCAAGGUUCAGAUCGUGCACAAAAAGGUGGAUCUGAGCAACGUGCAAUCUAAAUGUGGUUCUAAAUCCAACAUCCAUCAUAAACCAGGUGGUGGAAAUAUUGAGAUCAAAAAUGAGAAGCUGGAAUUCAAAGUCCAAUCCAAGAUCGGCUCUCUUGACAACAUUGGCCAUGUUCCUGGAGGUGGACAGAAAAGGAGGGAGAGGGGGAAGGAAGCAGAGGGGAGCAUCUCAGGCAGCCCCUCAAUCCCCUCCCCAGGUGUCACCCCCCCUCAGUCACCUCAGACUGUCCCCUCAGCACCCAUCACACCAAUCUUGACGAACCCUCUCAUAAAGAUUGAGGACUCCUAUUGAGAGCCACAAACUGAUGUUCCGUGAGACAGCCAAGGCCCGCACUGACCACGGCGCCGAGAUCGUCUCCUUGGAAGACUCUCCUCACCAGCUCAGCACCGUGUCCUCCUCCGGCAGCCUCAACAUGGCCGAAUCUCC